AUGACCAAUGCUGACGACCUUGGAGCGAACCGUGGCUGUCUUGGCAUUCCCGCGGAGUUCAUAGGCAUGCACGUCACCUUCCCCAUCUCAUCGCCAAAGCUCGCCCAAACCUCACCCAAAUACCACAUCAACGCCGCCAUGUACCGGAUACGACCGCGAUUCGUACCCAUUCGCGCUCUACCUCGCACGUAUCAACCCUCAUUCCAGCAUGUCCGUAGCCUUCCACAAUCCCGUGCCUACCAGCAACUCGGUCGCAGUGGCCAGCAAUACAAACGGUUCAACUCUCCCUCAGGUGGCCUCUCCGGUCUCCUAUUUCGCUGGGCUGCCCGCCCAACGUUUUACCGUGACGUCGGUCUGAUCAGUGUGGGCACUGGCGGCGUCUACCUGUACAAUCUCGAAGAAGUGCCCGUCUCUGGUCGCCGCCGCUUCAACAUCAUCUCGCCUGGCAUCGAAGAAGCGCUGGGACGGUCAUCCGUAGAGCAAGUGCGGCAAGAGUACCAAGGCAGGAUACUACCGGAUAGCGAUUCGCGGGUGAAGCAGGUGAAGAGGGUUUUGGAGCGUUUGUUGCCGUAUGCCGAGGGCGAAGGGUUGAAAGACUUGCAGUGGGAGGUCACCGUCAUCGAGUCUCCGGAACAGAACGCGUUUGUAGCGCCGGGGGGCAAGGUCUUUGUGUUUACGGGGAUUCUGCCUCUGUGCAAGGAUGAGGAUGGCAUUGCAGCCGUGCUGGGACAUGAGAUUGCGCACGUGGUUGCGCAUCACACUGCUGAACGCAUGUCUCAAGCGCCUCUGAUCCUCCUCGGUGUUCUCGCCCUAUCUCUCUUCGAUGUCUCCUUUUACUCGGGCAAAAUGCUCCUCGACCUCUUCCUCUCCAUGCCCGCCUCCCGCAAGCACGAAGCUGAAGCCGAUUACAUUGGUCUCUUGAUGAUGGCGCAGGGCUGCUACCGACCAGAAGCUGCAAUGCAGUUCUGGACGCGCAUGGAGAAGGCUGGUGGGGCGGGGCCGCCGCAGAUACUGAGCACGCACCCGAGUCACCACAACAGGGAAGAGAAGAUUAGGGAGUGGCUGCCCAAAGCGAUGGAGAAAGCUGAGGCGAGCGAAUGCGCUGUCACGAGUGGGUACGCUACUCAAUUCAGCUCCGCGUUCGAUAGCUUCGGACGCUGGUGA